GUUUUAAACUGCUUAGCUUGCACUAUACGCUUACUUGACUAGUCUAGUGUAGUUAUCGUUAGAAACAAAACGUCAAGUCCGUUAUAAAUGAACACAUUUCAUUUUCGUUUUUAUAUGAAGAAAUAAUGCAUAAAUUUGCUAGUCAUACCAGUAUAUUAGCCAUUGGCAGCGGUACAUUCUUGUACUGUUACCAUCAGAAAAGAAAACUGUUUAAGACUGUUGUGGCAGAUGUAUCAAAGAGUAAUGCCCCCUGUCCUUCUAAGGAGGAAUCAGAGAGCUAUGUCAAUAUACCAGUCUUGCCUGGAGAGGAAAUACCUGAAGGUCCUCUGUUGUUAUCCCUUUGUCAAGUGCAAGUUACCUUCCGUCAUGGAGCCCGCACCCCACUUCAUGUGAUACCUAAAAUUGAGGAGGCAGAAUUCGAUCCCCAGUUUAUAUCUAGAGAGCACCAGUCCACUGUAUUUCCAUAUCAGAGAGUGUCUUCCGUUACAAAUAAGCCUAUAGGCUGGUCCAAUUAUGAAAAGAAACUCACCAGUAAGCUUCUGAGGGGAGGAGCUUGUUAUGGAGCCUUGACCAGCUACGGCAAAGAUCAAAUGUACCAGUUGGGUAGAACACUGAGAGCUUGCUAUAGGGACAAACUUGCUUUGUGCAAUUACAAUCCACAGGAUGUCAUAGUGAAGUCAAGUAAUAUUAAAAGGACAGUUGAGUCAGCUGCUUGUGUUCUUGCUGGACUUUACACCAAAAAUCAAUUGCAGCAAUUUGCGGAACGAAAUGAGCCAGUGAAAAUCUUCAUUCCCAAUGAACACUACAAUAUACUGGUUCCAGACACGACCAAUUGCGAAGUGUUAAGGAAGGUGAACCAUUCAGCACUACUUCAUCCUGACUUUAUACCUGGCAUGAAGGAAGACCGUCUGAAAGUGGAGAAGCAUCUAGCUCAAAUGCGACAAAAUCUUUUAGAGUGUGUUGAACAAGUUCAGGCCAAAAUCAAUCGCUACUUUGAAUUUGAAAAUAGUCUAGAAAGAACCAGUGAAAUGAAUCAGUUCAACCAAUCCUACGAACAUGACCCUGUGUUGUAUCCACUCUUUCAAGAGAGAAACUAUGCCAUUUUGAAAAUCAACCAGUUCUGGUACAGUGUUAUGUUGCGCCAUCCAGUUCUCAAUGAGUUCUUUAAGGAAGAGGACUACAAUGUUCUGGCAUAUCUGCGUGGCAUGGAAGCUGAGGAGUUCCAAGGAAAAUUUGCUUCUGGAUACAGAAUUCAUUUUUAUUUUGACUCAAACCCUUAUUUCUACAACAAGCAUUUAUGUAAGGAGGUCAGCUACAGUGGUGAGACCAUCAGUGCCAAGAACAUCUCCAUUGCUUGGAAACCACAGGCUGAAAACAAAGAGCAGCCUUCAUGUUUCUUUGACUGGUACACACAGAAAACAACAGACAAAAAAGAUGACAUUGGCUUUGCUCUCUGUGAUAUUUAUAUCAACCCUCUAGUUAACCUUGAGCUUCCAGCAAAGUACCGAGAUAGAGGAGACUUACCACUCAACUUUGUAUUUUGUAAAGAUGACAUCACUAGCAGACUAGCUCAGGGAUGGAAACACCCUGCUGAGUUAGAGAUGUACCAGAAAAUGAUACAGAAUAAUGCCACCAAGCUUCUGUACUAUGCAAUGACUGGCCAGCAUGACUUGGAAAGGUUGACAGUGACUCGACUCUCUGCUGGUCCCUUACUGACAGAGAUGGUCAACAGUGCUGAACAAUUUAUUUCUGGAAAAUCUCAAUACAAGAUGUGCCUUUACUCAAGUCAUGACUCCACAUUGAUAGCUCUUCUGGAAGCGCUAGGCAUCUGGGAUGGCAACUGGCCACCUUUUGCUUCUGAUAUUCGACUUGAAUUACACAAGGAACUGGAUAGGGAUCAAUUCUAUGUUCGAAUCCUUUAUCAAGGAAAGGUUCAAAGGAUUCGAGGUCAAGAAGAAGAUUUUAUACACUGGACUGCCUUUAAACGAGCCAUUUCUAAAUACAUGAUCAAAGAAGAGGAGUAUGCUAAAAUAUGUGCCUCCAAUAUACUGGAAAAGAUUGCUAAAGAUAUUCUGAAGCAUGAGGAGAAGGAAGUGGUGACCAAAGAACUCCAAGAGCAAGAAGCAACUCCAGCAGGCAUGUAGACAGCCAGAAUGGACUAAAAGACUGUUGAACAUUUGAUAAAGCACCUAUAUUUAUAAAUUAUUAAUUUAGAUAUCAUUUUUAAACUGUAUUUAUUGAUCAAAAAUCUAUUUUAAAUAUGUGAUAAAUGUUGGGUCCAGUAAUUGAUAUUGUUUUAUUUUGAGGGAGAAUAAUGAUCUGAGAGUUGAAUUUGUUGGUCAAUAAAUAAUAUUGAUACAUA